AUGACGAGGGACCAGAAUGGAACCUGGGAAAUGGAGAGUAAUGAGAACUUUGAAGGCUACAUGAAGGCCCUAGAUAUUGAUUUUGCCACCCGCAAGAUCGCAGUACGUCUGAAUCAGACGAAGAUCAUCACUCAAGACGGUGAUAACUUCAAGACAAAAACCAACAGCACGUUCAGAAACUAUGACUUAGACUUUACCGUCGGGGUGGAGUUUGACGAGCACACAAAGGGCCUGGACGGCCGGCAUGUCAAGACGCUGAUCACCUGGGAAGGCGACACUCUGGUGUGUGUACAGAAAGGGGAGAAGGAGAAUCGCGGCUGGAAGCAGUGGGUGGAGGGGGACAAGCUGUACCUGGAGCUGACCUGUGGUGACCAGGUGUGCAAACAAGUGUUCAAAAAGAAGUGA